AAAAUCAGGAAAUAGCCGAGAGAUACAGAAGUGGUCGUCUUCCUGUUCAAGUAUGCAGGUUAGAUUGGUGCUUCCGAGCUUACUCGGAAGCCAAAAAUAUAUAACCUGCUUAGACCAGUAAAUGACGGGCUUUCCAUCCAAUCACACUCCACUUCGUCAUUUGACAGGGGGAUUUGCGCUGUUUUCUCUUUUGGAAGACGCGCGCCUGUUGGGGGCAGGCGAGCCCGCCGAUUUCGGAGGGGAAGGGAUACUGUCUUCGGCUGCCCCUGCCAUCUAGGGUCUUUAGGUUUGAAAAUCCCAACCAAUUUUGUGCUUUUCCAUUUCGGUCACGGACUGGCGACGAAAACAGGAGCAGGAGAACGGCGGUUGUUCUUCUUUUGCGUCUUUGUGGUAGCAGGACUGAGGUGAAGGGGAGCCAAGAUGUCAUUGACGGGAGUGAGAAUGUCUGAGGAGGUUUGGCUAACGUGCCUCACUCAUGCAUUGUCUACGGAGAAGGAGGAAGUCAUGGGCCUUCUUCUUGGGGACAUUCAGUAUGGUAGAAACGGUAGUGCAACGGCUCUUAUAUGGGGAGCAUCGCCACAGCCUAGAUCUGAUCGUCGGAAGGAUAGAGUGGAGACAAAUCCUGAACAGUUGGCAGCCGCAUCAGCUCAGGCUGAAAGAAUGUCCUUGGCAACAGGGAAGACGACACGUGUAAUUGGAUGGUAUCACUCACAUCCUCAUAUUACAGUUCUUCCAUCCCAUGUUGAUGUUCGAACUCAGGGGAUGUAUCAACUUCUAGAUUCUGGCUUCAUUGGCUUGAUAUUUUCAUGUUUUAGCGAGGAUGCACAGAAGGUGGGGAGAAUCCAGGUUAUUGCUUUUCAAUCUUUGGAUGGUAAGCAAAAAAGCUUUUCAAGGUCUCAAAAUCCUAAUCCAACCAGUGGGGGCCCGAUUAUAAAUGUCGAGUCAUCUUGGAGCUCAUCAGAAAGUCUGUCAUCGGCAUCUGCAUCUGCCCGGGAUGAAAGUGCCUUCCAAGAUACUUCUGAUUCUCGAAAUGUAACUAGAAGUGCUAAGGGUGCUGGGAAGAAUAUUUCUCCAUCAGAUUUGGAGGAAUUUUUUGCUCAUGCAGAUGUCAAUCAAGCAGGGAGGGGAAAGCUAAAAUCAGAGCCUCUCUCACCUUAUACCCACAAUGACACCGUACAACAAACAGUUGAUAUUGAUCCUAUGGAUAUGACCGCUGGUAUGCAAGAGGCCAUGCAUCGCUCAAAUUUAGAUAUGAGUGGUGCUGAGUACACGAGGAAAGAAGUUCCUCUUCAAGUUGUUCCAAGCUCUUCACUUCUGAAGCUUGAUUCUCCUUUGACAUCAUUCAUUGAUAUGCAAACCAUGUUGUUUGAGGAAGAAAAGACAGCAUACAAUCAAGCAGUUUCUCAGUGCAAAUGGGACGGGAAGAUUCAUCCUCUUGCCUUCAUUCACCACACCUCAACCUACCAUGCCUCGUUAUGCAAAUUGAUGGAGUACUGUUUGAGUCCUGCUAUUGUUUCACUACAGCACCAGUUGAAGGAGAAUGAUGUUAGGCUAUCGUUGCUGAAGGAGGAAGCAGAGGCUUUAGAGAUUGAAGCUUUAAAUCGAGCUGGUAGUCCUAUCCUGAGUGCUGCUGGGUCUUUGACGAGUGGUGUUCGGAUGCUGCCUUCAGUUGGGAGGGAACAAAGUGCUUCACCUGAGCGUGCUGCUAAUGUUAGGAGCCCUGUUGGCAUGACUUCUAGUCGAAGUAGAAGGGGUUACUAGCAAUCUGAAGAUUUUUAGGGUCUUGUUCAUGUAUGUCCAUGCUUUGUUCCCUGUAAAGCAUCUUAUGCGUUUUUUUCUCUCAAUGUUGUAAGAUAACAGAUGACUGUAAUUUUGAAAUGCAUCAGAUAAAUCUUUGUUGAA